UUGGAAGGUUAUUUCAAGGUUAUUAAGAAGUCCUUGUUUGAUUUUAGGUAUAAAAUGGUGACCCUAUGAUUUAGACUUGGGUACUUAAAAAUUUCAUUUUUGGUCCAGGAGCUAAUGUUUAAAGAGGAGCAAUGCUUAACAUAGCAUUUUCUUGCAAGGUGUGGCGAUUUUUAGGAGAAAUUGUAUCUGUAACUCUAAUUUUGAGGGUUGAUAAGGAUCUCAAGGUAAUAAAUGUUUGAGAAAUAUGUGAAAUGGACUCACAGAACUUGAGAAAGACCAACUUGAUUUAGGAGAGUUUUGCUCAAUAUUGAAUUUUGAAACUCCUCUACUUAAUUUUAAAGAAAGGAUAUAACCCCCAUAGUGGUCUUGACUUUAUUCCUAACCAUCCUCUGU